AUGCACGGAGCCGCCCGCGCUCCGGCCACCAGCGUGAGUGCCGAUUGCUGCAUCCCAGCCGGCCUGCGCCUCGGGCCCGUGCCAGGAACCUUCAAGCUGGGCAAGUACCUGUCAGACCGCAGGGAACCCGGGCCCAAGAAAAAGGUGCGCAUGGUGAGAGGGGAGCUGGUGGACGAGUCGGGGGGCUCCCCUCUGGAGUGGAUAGGGUUAAUCCGAGCAGCCAGGAACCCCCAGGAACAGACUCUGGAAGCUAUUGCAGACUUACCCGGAGGACAGAUCUUCUACCAAGCGCUGAGAGAUGUCCAGCCAGGGGAGGAGCUAACCGUUUGGUACUCCAAUUCUUUGGCUCAGUGGUUCGACAUCCCCACAAUUGCAACUCCGACGCAUGACGAGAAAGGGGAGGAGCGCUACAUUUGCUGGUACUGCUGGAGGACAUUUAGAUACCCCAACAGCCUUAAGGCUCACCUACGUUUCCACUGCGUGCUCAGCAGCGGCGGGGGCCGCGCCUUCCUGCACCAGGAGCACGCGGCUCGCCCAGGAGUUGCCCCGGCCGCGGAUGGCCUUCACCUCUCCCCGAAACCCUCGGCCCCCGACUUCACCGCGGCCGCUCCCGCGGCCACUCUGCGGACCCAUCCGCAGGCACUGCCGCCCCUCCAGGCCUGCGGAGCGCGGGAGAGCAUCAAGCGCGAGGUUUCCUCUGCGCCCUCGGCCACUUCGUCGCCCCCGGGCAAGUGGGGGCUGUCCAAGAAGGGCAAGGAGCAGCCGCAUCGCGCCCUAGACAUGAGUGGGGCGGCCCGGGGGCACGGCCACUUCCUCGGCAUCGUGGGCGGCUCCCCAGCGGGAGGCGGCGGCCUGGCCUUCUAUCCUGGCGUGCGCUCGGCUUUCAAGCCCGCGGGCUUGGCCAGGGCGGCCGCGGCCUCGCUUGGCGACCCCUACCGGGAGGCGGGUGGUGGCAAACCCGGGGCCGGCCUGGCCUUAGGCAGGCUGCUGGUCGGGAGCCGGGCCGGCGGGAGCCCCGGGAGCGGGGACAGCUCGGCCGUGGGCGGCGCCGGCCAUCACCAUCACCACCACGCGCACCACCACCAUCACCACCACCACCCCAAGUGCCUGCUCGCGGGGGACCCGCCGCCGCCGCCUGGCCUGCCUUGCUCCAGGGCCCUGCGCGGCUUCCCGCUGCUCCCGGGCCCCGCGGAGGAGGGGUCUGCCUUCACGCACGUGGAGCGCGCCCCAACCUCCGCCGGCGCCGCGCUGCCGGGAGCGCGUUACGCUCAGCAGCCCCCCGCCGGCGCGCUGCCCCUGGAGCGCUGCGCUCUGCCGACCCUCGAUGCCGGCGGGCUCAAAGCCUACCCGGGCGGCGAGUGCAGCCACCUGCCCGCCGUCAUGCCGGCCUUCACCGUCUACAACGGGGAGCUGCUCUACGGCUCACCGGCCGCCGCCGCUUAUUACCCGCUCAAACUGCACUUCGGCGGGCUGCUCAAGUACCCCGAGUCCAUUUCCUACUUUGGCGGGCCCGCCACGGCGGCUGCGCUGAGCCCGGCGGAGCUGGGCCCCCUGGCCAGCAUCGACCGAGAGAUCGCCAUGCACACGCAGCAGCUCUCCGAGAUGGCCGCCGGCAAGGGCCGCGGCCGCCUGGACGCGGGGACGCUGCCGUCCGCCGUCGUGGCGGCUGGGGGCGCAGGGGGGGCUGGCGGCGCGGGCGCGGGCAAGCCCAAGGCGGGUCACCUGUGUCUCUACUGCGGCAAGUUGUACUCGCGUAAGUACGGGCUGAAGAUCCACAUGCGGACCCACACGGGCUACAAGCCGCUCAAGUGCAAGGUGUGCCUGCGGCCCUUCGGCGACCCCAGCAAUCUCAACAAGCACAUCCGGCUGCACGCCGAGGGCAACACGCCCUACCGCUGCGAGUUCUGCGGCAAGGUGCUGGUGCGCCGCCGGGACCUGGAGCGCCACGUCAAGUCCCGCCACCCCGGGCAGAACCUGCUCGCCAAGCCGGGCGACGGCCCGAGGCCGGAGACUGACUACCCGCCGGAGCCUGGGGAGGCCAAGAGCGACGACAGCGACGUGGACGUCUGCUUCACGGACGACCAGAGCGACCCCGACGCUGGGGGCGCAGGCGAACAAGACCCAUAA